AUGGAGCAAAUCAACAGCUCAGACACCCUUUUCGGGCCGGCAUAUCAAGGCCAAGGGAGGUCUUUCGACUUCACGUUGCUGUUCGAAGACACAAUCUUGACCAUUGUGCCAGCAUCAAUUUUCCUCGUUGCUGCUGGAGCUAGAGCAGCCUGGUUAGUGAACAGCCCGAACAAAGUCGUCUCAUCACUGAGUAGAUCAACCAAGCUGAUACUGCUCUCGGCCUUUGCUUCUAUUCAACUGACAGUGCUCUUGCUUCGCGCCACUAAUCUUGAAGCCGCUACCAAAGCAUCCGUCUCUGCAGCGGCCCUCGACUUCGCCGCUGCUUGUGUACUAUUCAUUCUCUCGUGCUUUGAGCACUCUCGCUCCGUAACACCAUCGACCAUCAUCGGGCUGUAUCUUCUGGUAUCCUUCGCGUUCGAUGCGGUUCGCGUGCGAACGUUCUACCUCAUUGGAGGUUACGCGGCACGCGGCAUUGCACAUCUGCUUUCACUAUCCCUGGCUGCCAAGCUAGGCGUACUGGUCACGGAGGCUAUCGAAAAGCGCAGUAUCCUCCUCGACCCGUACAAGGAACUUCCACCCGAACAAACCAGCGGCAUAUACAACAAGUCUGUCUUCUGGUGGAUCAAUCCACUUCUGAAAGUUGGAUUUGACACCAAUCUUCGGACCGAUGACCUCUUCAAUCUGGACGAGACCCUCGCUUCUGCAGAAGUCCACUCUCGCUUCAAAACAAGGUGGCACGCCGUUCGCGACUAUCGUCCUAACUCGUUACUAUUCGUGGUCGGUGAUGUUCUGAAAUGGCAGUUGAUCAUAUCAGCACUGCCUAGAAUCAUCCUUUCCGCCGCCAGAUUUGCCCAGCCCUUUCUUGUCCAGUCGACAAUUCAUUUCGUCAGUCACCGCGACGAACAAGAUCUGUCCAUUGGAUGGGGACUGACCGCAGCUUGGUCCCUUGUGUACUUUGCCAUAGCCAUCCUUGGAGCAGCCUACCAACAUCUACUCAAUCGAUGCUGUGCACAGAUCCGUGGCGGACUUGUGUCCUUACUCUACGACAAAACGCUCGAUCUCAGCAUCGCCGCCAAAGACCCCAACGCCGCCUUGACACUGAUGUCUGCUGACAUUGAGAGAAUGGUACAAUCUCUUCCACUUUUUCAUGACGUCUGGUGUGGCAUUCUCGACCUUGGAAUCGCCAUGUAUCUCCUCUACCUCAACCUAGGCAGUGCCUGCUAUGCUCCAGCGAUCGUCUAUGUGGUUCAGCUGGUCGGCACUUUAAUUCUUAUGCGAGUCAUUGCAGACUUUCAAAAGCGGUGGCUCAACGCUGUUCAGAAGAGGGUAUCGUUCACUUCUGCCCUGCUUCAUUCGAUGCGGAACGUCAAACUGCUGGGUUUGGCGGCUGUGGUCAAAAACCGAACGCAGGCCCUUCGUCUUGACGAAAUCAGGCUCUGCAAAGCCUUCCGGGUCAUGGAUGCCUGGCGAGUUAUGCUGCAGAAUGCCUCCCAGAUCUUUGCACCAUUCGCGACCUUCUUUCUCUACUACCUCAGAGCUAAAGGUAACGGCGAGUCCUUGGACAUUGCCACAGCUUUCUCUAUUCUGACCAUCUUGAGAGUUAUGGAUAAUCCUCUCAAUAUUGUCAUCUAUGCCAGUGUCCAGCUCGCAUCCUCAAUGUCAUGCUUCCAGCGCAUUCAGGAGUAUCUGCUAUCGACUUCUCGCAACGACGAUCGGCUGUCAAUCCAAAAUGUUUACGAGUCCGAGGAGUAUUGGGAUUCGGUUCCGGCAACAGACAACAUUCCAAUGCGUAACAUGAGUGUCAGCCGGAGCCCUGCCGAUGAAGCAGUGUCGUUGAAGAACUGCUCUUUUGGUUGGGAGCAAGAUGCAGAGCCCGUCAUCAAAGAUGUCGAUUUGUCCUUGCAAGCCGGCUCUUUGACAAUGGUGAUUGGACCUGUUGGAUGCGGCAAAUCAACUUUGCUGAAAGGGCUACUCAGUGAAACGCCUCUCUCGCAUGGUUUCGUUUAUGUGAGGAACAACUCCAUCGCAUUCGCGGACCAGGAGCCCUGGGUACAGAACGGCACCAUCAAAGAAGCCAUCUAUAGCGCUAGUGCCAUCCCGCCUGACGCAGGCUGGUAUGACGAGGUCAUCGAUUGUUGCGGCCUCCGAGAAGACAUAGGUGCACUUCCGAAAGGCGAUAGAACUCGUAUCGGAAGCAAGGGCAUCUCAUUGAGUGGCGGACAAAAGCAGCGCCUGGCGCUGGCACGAGCGAUUUUCUCCAGAGCAGAGAUGCUACUUCUCGACGAUGUCUUCUCCGGCCUCGACAAUGACACCGCGGAGCACAUUUUUCGAAGACUUUUCUCUCGCAACGGCCUACUCAAAAGGCUCCGGACGACCGUCGUCCUCGUUACCCAUGCUGUUCACCGUUUGCCGUAUGCUGACGUGAUUGUGAGUCUCGAUCAGCAAGGCCGAGUCUCAGAAGUGGGUAAUUACAUCGCACUUUCAAACAGCAACGGCUACGUUCACACUCUUGAUCUUGGCCUGAAGCAAUGGGACGACGGAGGAAUGGAUGACUUUCCGAAAGAGAAACCAAAGCCGUCGUUGAAAGUUGAGGAAACGCAAGAGCAAGGUACAGAAGAUCUCCUACGCCGAACUGGAGAAUGGAAAACGUGGAAACACUGGUUCAAAUCAUGUGGCUAUCUAUCGAGCGCCCUUGCUUUCAUGGAAGGUUUCAUGUGGAUGGUCCUCACGCAGACUCCUGGUGUGCUGGUACGAUUCUUCUCGCAAGACGAUUCACUACAAUCCGACAGUUCCGCAACGACUUUCAUCAUCGUCUUUGGAAUCACGAGUGCCAUGGCAGCCAUUAUGGUGCUCGCAGUUGUCUAUCAGGUUUUGCUGGAUAUGCAACCACGAAGCGCCAAAGCCUACCAUAUCACUCUCCUCGAGACUGUUUUGAACGCCCCACUCAUCUUCUUCACUCGAACCGACAUAGGCUCGGUGACAAACCGCUUUAGUCAGGACCUCAGCCUUAUCGAUCUCGAUCUUCCCUUCACCUACGUCGACUUUGUGCUCUCCCUCGUCUCCGUCAUUACAGGCAUCGCUCUCAUGGCGGCCUCUUCAGGCUACUUCGCCAUCACCAUCCCGGUCAUGCUCGGUGUCAUGUAUGUCAUCCAGAAAUACUAUCUGCGCACAAGUCGUCAACUCCGGUUACUGGAUCUCGAAGAAAAGGCCCCGCUCUACACACAGUUCGGAGAGACAGCCGCUGGCCUGGCGACAGUACGAGCCUUUGGCUGGUCUCCUACCUUCGCGGAGAAGCAUCUCACGCUCCUCGAUCGCAGCCAACGCCCUUUCUACCUGCUUCUGUGCAUUCAGCGCUGGCUGGCCCUAGUGCUGGAUCUUGUGGUCAUGGGCCUCAUCGCUGUAUUGUUGGUUGUUGUGGUCCUAAACCGCAAGACCAUGGACCCUGGCCUCGUCGGUGUUGGGCUUCUCUCCGCUGUGACAUUGAGUUCGAGCUUGACCAAUCUCGUCAAGAACUGGACAGAAAUGGAGACCAGCAUUGGCGCCGUCAGCCGCAUCCGAGACUUCGUGCGCACAACCGACCACGAGCACAAGGCCAUCGAAUGCGAGGAUGUACGAUCAACAUGGCCUGAGAAUGGUGAGAUACGAUUCCAACGCUUCAGUGCCAGCUAUUCCAUGGACUCGCCCAUCGUGCUGAACGACAUCGAUUUGGCAAUACGGCUGGAGGAAAAGGUCGGCCUCUGCGGCCGGAGUGGUAGCGGGAAAUCGUCAGCAUUGGCAUCGCUGUUUCACCUGCUCGAAUUCCGGGAAGGCAGCCUCGAGGUCGACGGUGUUGAUGUCGCGUGCAUCCCACGCGAAACGCUCCGGAGCAGGCUGAACGUGAUUCCGCAGGAACCGUGGUGGAUCACGACAGAGAAUGUGCGCUUCAACAUGGAUCCAUGGCAUGCUCUUGGUUCCAGCUCCAGCGCCGACAUAGAUGCGGCGUACGUCUCGGCUUUGUCCCACUGCCAGGUUUGGAAUGUCAUUGAAGCGAAAGGCGGGCUUGACGCUGUCAUGACGCCGGACUUCCUCAGCCAUGGACAGCGACAGCUAUUCUGUCUUGCGCGAGCUAUGGUUCGACAAAGCAGGGUGGUGGUGCUGGAUGAGGUCAGCGCCAAUGUUGAUAUCAAGACGGACGAAUUGAUGCAGCAGAUCAUCAGGGAGCAUUUUGACGGGUGUACGGUAAUUGCGGUGGCACAUCGGUUGAAUACGAUCGAUGAUUCUGAUAGAGUCGUCGUUCUGAAUCAAGGGCGUGUCGUAGAGGUUGGACAGCCUCGGGUAUUGCUGAACAUGGAGGGAAGUGCUUUCAAGGACCUACAUGGCAUCUGA